AUGGACAUGACUCCCGAGGCCACCAGGCUACUGAUCCAACGUGGAGGACAAGGUGCUCCUGCUGGUUCUGUUGGGAUGUUGUAUGAAAGUCUAACAGGUCCCAAGGAUUUUAUAGGAGGGAGGACAAACAAUUUAUUUGAUGGAGAAGUGAAAGAGCAAGCCCGUUCCACAUUUCCAAACGAGUUUAGAGAGAGCAUAAAAUGUCUAAAAGGGAGGGAGAGAAGAUGGCGACAACUUUUGGAACACAUGCAUUCUGUUGCUUCCUUGAUUUUCCUAAACACAUGA